ACCUACUGUUGUUAAGGUUUCAGUUACUCUAAAUAAAAAAGCGAGACCUUAAGAUUUUGUUUCUAAUUUGGUAGAUUGAUGAUUAACUUAAAGCUCUCUGCAAAAUGUGCAGGUUUUUUUUUUGCUCUCAGAGCACUUAAUUCAAUUACGCGCGCUUUCAUGCUGAUAAAGUUCUGCUUUCAACGUUAAUAGCUGUGCAUUCAAUCCGAACGAUCGAACCUGGUGAUAUUGCAGUUUUCUCGUAGUUGUUGACGACGCUGCGUUGGUCAUGACACGGACUCACAGAGGACCAGCCUUAAAGAUCUUACUUUUACUUCUUUGCGCUCUACAAAAAUGUUUGGCGUGUAACGAGUCGUUAUAUGGCUUGACGGGCAGCCUCUUUUCUCCUAAUUACCCACAAACCUCCGGUGUGUGCAGCUGCUCGUGGAACAUAACGGUUCCGGUUGGUUACCGUGUUAGGUUGACCUUUGUCCACGUGAACGUGGCGUGCGCAUAUGGUGGCAUCGAGUUCAUCGAUAAAGGUGUUGUUAGAAAACUCUGUGAUUCGGGUAUCCAAACAACAGUCAGCGAAGUUCCUCACAGACAAGUCCAAGUCAAGUAUUACUCAAACUCUUCCCAACAAGCACAUGGAUUCUUCGCUCAUUUUAAGGCUAUUUCAUUAUCCGGGGCAAAUGAAACUACUUGUCCAACUGGUUUUCAAGAAUACAGCAAUGCGUGUUACCAUACUGAGAAGCUAUCCUCGUAUCUCUACAAUGACCGAUUGGAUUACUGCAAGUCUAGGGAAUCCAGCUUGCUCUCCAUCGAGGAUACACAAGAAAACCUUUUUGCUGUGGCGAGCUUGGCACUACUUACACCACAAAAGUAUCUGCUACUAGGCAUGGACAAAAACAGCACUGGUGACUACGUCUGGCGGGACGGUUCACCUCUGAUUCACACAAAUUGGAAAUCAGGGCAUCCAACCAAACAGGGACGCCCGAAACUGGAGGAGAAUGGGGAAUGGUCCGACGGCAUCGUGCCAGAGUAUUACUUUGUUUUUGUUUGCAAAAAGAAAUUGAGUGGGCCGUCAUUACCAUGUAACGUCACUCAAUUAUCACGUGGCAUCUUAAAGCUUGAAGCGUCACACGUAACUGGACAUUCUCAAUGGUCGGUCACGGUCAAAAAUAACGAACAUUGGCUGCAGGUGGAUUUUAACGAAGUGAUGAUUUCUGGUAUCGCUAUUACAAGCUAUGACGCCAUGAAGAGUAAUUGGAUAAGAAAUCUAACGCUGGCAUUUAGUCGCUAUGGCAAUGUAUUCGUUCCAUAUACGAACCCUAUGAAGCAGAUAGUGGUCCUUCAAGCCAAUCGGGAUCCUCGUAAUAUUGUCAUGAAUAAUUUGGCCAAUCCAUUUAUCGCUCGUAAUGUUCGCUUGUACCCGGAUCAGUGGAACAAUGGCAUUAAUGUGGACGUUCGUUUAUAUGGAUGCGUCUUAUCGCCACCCGCCGACAAGUGUGAUCUUCCCCUGGGGGUGGGGAGUGGUGCGGUUUCCGACGCCAUGAUUACGUCAUCAGAUUCUAGUCCCUCGCGGUUUGAUGCGCGACUUAACCUUGAUCUAGGCCUUGCCACAGCCUGGUUACCAAGUAAACCGACAAACCAAUGGAUCCAGUUUAAAUUCGAUGUCCGGAUGACCAUAAGCGGGAUAGCUACUCAAGGGAACUCCAACGGUGCCUGGGUCACCAAGUACUAUGUCCUGUACUCAGCAGAAAGUCCUUUCUCACACAUGGUCUUGAGAUUCGUAAAAGAAUACGGCACCGACCAGCCAAAGGUGUUUAUAGGUAACACGAACCAGAUGUCAGUUGCGCGUCAAACCUUUAAAAUGCCCAUUACAACGCACACUAUCAGGGUUCUGCCAGUAGCAUACCACGGGAGGGCCGCUAUGAGGCUGGAGCUAUACGGGUGUCAAAGUGCAUUUACGCCACUCCCCCCUCAUUGUGGUAAACCUGUUAGGAUAGUAGACCUUCCCGUAAAGACUACAACAAAGUUUUCUUCCGGGACUCUUAACUUGGAUGAUGGCUGGUUCUGGGAAACAAGAAAUACCACGAAUCCUUGGAUACAGGUUCGCCUUAAAAUGCAAAUGAACAUCACAGCUUUGGAAACAAAAGGCAGUAUCCAGUAUGGAUCAUGGGUGACCAACUAUACCCUCCAGUACAGCAGCAACGGCGGUCAGCUGCAGGACUUUAAAUAUAAAGGAGAAAGUGUGAAUUUUGUUGGUAAUGUAGACGGCAGCUCGAUUAUCCAUCACGAACUCAGUACACCUUUCUUAGCGGAUACCGUGCGCCUUUCGCCCACUGGGUGGUUCGGUGACAGAAUCAGCCUCACCAUGAAACUCUACGAAUGCAGCGCACUUGACCAUCAAGGUACGGACACGUGACCUGUACAUUGAGUU